AUGUCUUCGUCUGAUAGAGAGAAUGAAAGAGUGGUGGAGGAUGGAGAGCCAGAUGUUGGUCUAGUAGAGGAAGAAGAGGAGGAAGAGGAUGUGGUGAGACGCAAUGGCACGCGCCGGAAUCGGGACGAGACCGGUGACGGUGAUGACGAUGGUGACAGAGACGACCAGUUGCCCGACGAUGAGGAUGAGGAUGACGAUAUUUUUGGAGGGGGUGGUGAUGACGACGAAGCGAAUGAGAAUGAUAACAACAAUAAUGAGGAGGACGGAGCGUAUCAGAAGGAAGAAGAGGAGGUGACACUGCGGAUCGAACAAACCACGAUUCCCCGGUACCCGCGGUCACACCGUCCAGCAGGAGAUCUGUAUUAUGUUCCUACACCGGCAUUUAUGACGAUGGAACCUCAUCCAUUUGAGGCAUCGAAAUUUCAAGAAGAGUUGUCGGAGGAACAGGCCAAUGAUGGCGGGUUCAAAGUGCGUAACGAGAACACGGUGCGAUGGAAAUACGCUAAAGAUUCUAAGGGAAACGUGACUAAACAGUCCAACAGCCGAAUUGUCAAAUGGUCGGACGGAUCAAUGUCGUUACAACUGGGUCAAGAACUGUUUGAUAUUGUCAUUCAAGAACCCUAUGACCAGACGUUUCUGUGUCUGUCUCACCCUGCCAACUCUCUGCUACAAACAGCAGGUAUUUUCACAAAAAACAUGAGGAUAGUUCCUACAUCGACGUCGUCGCGGAGUCAUAAACGUCUUGCACAAGAACUCAAUGUUCGACAAUUAUCGACAUCGGUUGCUGUUAGCAGUGUAGCCACUACAGAUGAUCCUGAAAAGGUGCAAAGAGAGGCCGAAAAGGCCGCUGAAAUGACCCUAAGAGCUCGUAGGAAGCUCGAGUCGAAGCAGCGUUUACAACAAGAACGAAGUGCUGGUAUUGGCGGAGCCACAAGUGCCGGAUCGGCCUCGUCGCGAUACUCAUAUGACGGCGAACGAGAUGAGCUUGCCGGUGGAUACGACGCCCGGGCAUCAGCACGAGCUGGUGAUGAGUACGAAGAAGACGAUUUUGUGGUCGACGACGAGGACGAAGAAGAAGACGGCGAGCCCCAGGAAGGAGACGACGACGAGGGAGCAGACGAUCUCGACGAUCUCGAAGAAGAGGAGGAUGACGACGAGGCCGAACGCCAACGGGCCAAACGACUGCACGAUCUCAAAGAACGAGGAGCCGAGCUGUACUCACGCCGGUCCGAAGAGCGCGACUCGCAACAGACCCGUAAAAAGCGCCGUAUCUUCGACGAUGAAGACGACGACGAGUAA